UGGUGCUGUACUAGUGCGUUUCUAUGCACAUCUUGUUCUUUUGAGCUCCUGUGCUCAUCAUUUGUAGAUAGGAACUGCUUUAAUUAUGUGAAUCGAUCUUUAUAUGCUCUUCCCGGCCAAGACCUAGUGUUGGAAGAAGGUAGUAACUAUUUUUGCUGUUCUUCAUGGUGAACUCAAGGAGGCAAGAAGGGAGCCCCUUGGACCUGAACAACUUGCCAGAGGAGUACGGGAAGCAAGCGGUGGAGAGCACGACGACCACCGCCACAUCCAGCGCCAACACAGCUAGGAUAAAGAAGAAGAGCAGUGGAGGGAAGGAUGUCGCUGCCAAGGUAUAUGAAUGCCGGUUUUGCUCCCUCAAGUUCUGCAAGUCUCAAGCGCUUGGUGGCCACAUGAACCGGCAUCGGCAAGAGAGGGAGACUGAAACCCUCAACCGUGCCCGGCAACUCGUCUUCGGCAACGAGAGCCUCGCCGCCGUCGGCGCGCAGAUGAGUUUCAGGGAUGCGAAUAUGGGAGGUGCUGCCCCACCGACCGUACUGGGAGGAGGCUUCCGGGGAGGCGUCAACGGCAGCGGCGGCGGCGGAAUAGGCGACUCGUGCCUCCCGUUCCGGCCGGUGCAUCCGCGGCAGUCGCCGCAGCCGCCGUACAAUUGCCUCUACACGGCGCCAUCCACACUUCACCCGAUGAACUACCCGGCGACGUACCCGGGCCCUCCGCGCCAGCCCGCGGUCGACGACUACGUCAUCGGCCACGCGGUCUCUGCCGGCGACGCACUGAUGCAGCAGCCACACCGCGGCAGCUUCUCCUGCUUCGGAGCUCCAUUCACCGCGCCGCUGGCCGCGGCGGCGAACGAGCAGGCCGACAAAGUUAACUGCAACUGCAGCUUCGGCUGCGGCGGCCACAUCAGAAAUAAUAAUGUGAAUGCCUCCUCUUGA